AUGUGGAUCUUAAAGGCGUCUUUUCUGGUCGCGGUCGUCCAGGCAUCCUUCAUGGAUAGCUUGCUAAACUUCUUCCAGCAGGGCAGGGAUAUCGCGGAUUUUAACGGGAUCAGUUAUCCGAAAUCUCGAGAUGGAGUAAGAAGGCAGAAGAGCAUUCCCCAUGAAAUUCCCUUCCCCUGUGACGUCCGCCAUGGCAGGUCCUUGGUCCGGCCGGAUAACGUCCACCGUCUCAGACCAGGUGAUAUCGACGUUAUCGGUGGAUUGGGCGACUCUUUGGUGGCAGGUAGUGGUGCUUUAGAAGAAUUUGCUGUUGGCACCUUCAUAGAAGCUCGUGGGGUCAGCUGGUGUGCAGGUGGUCAGGGUGAUUGGAGGAGUUUCCUCACUCUUCCGAACCUCAUCAAGGAGUUCAAUGCCAACCUGACGGGUUACUCCACCGGCACGGGGGAAUUCAUCUCGAAAAAAGCGAGGCUCAACAUAGCGUAUCCUGUGGCGGCAACAGAGGAUGCCUUAAGACAGGCUCGAAUCCUGGUGCAAAGAAUUAAAAAUGACCCCACAAUCGACUUCAAGAGACACUGGAAACUGAUAACGAUCCUGUUUGGGGCUAAUGAUAUCUGCUCGGCCCAGUGUUACGAACCUCAGCUUUUCUCCCCGAUUCGACACGCUUUGCAUUUACGAAGAACUCUUGAUUUCCUGCGAGCGACUCUUCCUCGGACUAUGGUGAAUCUAAUACCUGCGAUAGAUGUCACGGUGUCCGUCAGGGUGCCACGCGGUGCAAUGUGCAAUAUCCUGCAUCCUCUGUACUGCGCUUGCAUGCACCAAGGGAAUCAACCGGAAAUAAAAGCUUCCGUAAUGUCGCGCAGAUAUCAGCAAGCUGCAGAGGCUUUGGUUGCUUCAGGACGGUAUGACACCACACCGGACUUUACAGUCGUCUAUCAACCGUUUACGAAAUUUUUUAAUGCUCCAAUGGCUGACCCAAAACGAGCGCCUCCCCUUGACCCGAGUCUGGUCACGUACGACUGUUUCCACUUCAGUCAAAAGGGACACGCUUUAGGAGCAAAUCUUCUGUGGAACAACAUGCUGGAACCAGUCGGCAACAAGACAAAUGGAGGAUCCCGAAAGAUCAUGGAGAAAUUCCUGUGUCCAUCUUCAAGAAGUCCCUACAUCUUUACGAACGUCAAUUCGAGGAGAUUUUACGAGACCGGAAAUCAAGACGGGAUUUUACCGAGAUAGUUAUCAACGGUUAAUCACAUCUUUUGAUAAUUUGAAUGACAAUUUUAUGUGAAACCUCGGGUAACAUUGCGAAAAGUUACUCGAACAAGUGUUCUUGAUAGCUGGAUCUCGAGCAAGAGGAUGCAAGGUAAUCGCGCGAGAUCGAGAACUCUUAUCUCGCGAUAAAGUCGUGUCACGGGGAUCGGCAUGUAUUAAUUAUCCCGUAAGGAUGUUUAACUCAGGGUUAGUGAUAUGAUCGAAUAAUUGUGCGGUAACGAUAGUACUCCACAAUCGAUUUGUACGUCGAGAUGUACUUCCGUCCAGAAUGAAAAAAAUUUUUUUUUUAUCAAUCGAGGACACCGAAAUCGUUAUAAAUUUAUGUAAUGAACCAACUGACGUUGUAAUCAAUUAUUAUUAGCAUAGGGCAAUCUAUGUACAUCAGUGCAAAGUGUUAUCCUUUUUUCUGCCGAUUCGAGUUACUUUUAGAAAAUGAAUUAUUAUAAACGAAGGACUCAGAAGGAGGUGAUGGUCAGCCUAGAAUGAGCUCCUCGAGGUGAAAUCGAUAAUCAGUGGCAUUGUUUUCCCGUCCUUUGCUUACUGAUAUCAUUAGAUAAUCAUUAGGAGGACGAAGAACGUC